UUUCCUAUAUACUCAGCCACUGCUAGUGCUAGUCAGCCGAUAGCGUGAGUUAGUCGUGAACGUGAGUAAAUAGAGACGGGCAAAAAUGAGUUCUCCGAUGUGCAAAAAAUCGAAAAUGUCUAAUUCUUUGGAGCAACUCAAAUCAUUGACAACUGUUGUCGCUGAUACUGGUGAUUUUCAAGCAAUGGAACAAUUUAAGCCGACUGAUGCCACGACAAAUCCUUCACUCAUACUUGCUGCCGCUCAUCAGAAGAAAUACGCUCAUUUGUUAGAUAAGGCCGUUCAAUAUGGAAAGAAGGCUGGGAGUACCCUUGCUGAGCAAGUGGAGGCCGCUAUGGACAUGACCUGCGUGCUCUUCGGUCAGGAGAUCCUGAACAUCAUCCCAGGAAGGGUCUCGAGCGAGGUUGACGCAAGAUUAUCAUUCGAUAAAGAAGCUAGUAUCGAGAAAGCCAAGAAGUUGAUUGCUCUGUAUGAGGAGGCAGGAAUCAGCAAGGAGAGAAUUUUGAUCAAGCUCGCGUCUACCUGGGAAGGCAUCCAGGCAGCUAAGGAAUUGGAGGAGAAGUAUGGGAUCCACUGCAACUUGACAUUGCUUUUCAACUUUGCUCAAGCCGUCGCUUGUGCCGAGGCUGGUGUCACUCUGAUUUCACCGUUCGUCGGACGUAUCCUUGACUGGUACGUCGCAAAUACAGAUAAGAAGACGUAUGAAUCAAAUGAAGACCCUGGAGUCAUCUCAGUCACAAAAAUCUACAACUACUACAAGAAAUUCGGCUACAAAACAGUCGUAAUGGGCGCAUCCUUCCGCAACGUUGGUGAAAUCAAAGAGCUAGCUGGUUGUGACUUCUUGACAAUUAGUCCAAAGCUCUUGGAGGAUCUCGAGAAGAGCCAAGAGCCCCUUAAGAAGGCACUGAGUCUGGAAGCCGCUAAGAAGUGUGAUCUGCAAAAGAUAAGCCUCGGAGAGGCACAAUUCAGAUGGCUUCUGAACGAAGACCAGAUGGCCACUGAUAAGCUCAGCGAUGGUAUCCGUAAGUUUGCCGUCGAUAUGAGGAAACUCGAGAAGCUGCUGCAGGAGAAGAUCCAGGGUUAGGAGAUCUUGGGCGCAAGGAGUGUCGCGGACGUGAAUGUUUUAUACCUCCAGUGUUAUAUUUUUGAAAACAUUUAUACGCAUUUUUGUACAUUCCUUGGUGAAUAUUGAGGCUUGGAUACUGUCGGCCACUGUACAAAGAUCAAUUUUUGAACUAUAUUAUCAACUUUGGAAUAAAGAAACAAAACCUUUUCUUGAUAGGUUCUAUUGGUAAAAUGGUUUUAA